CAAAUUGCACAUGGCAUUUAGGUUAAAAAUUAUUGAAGGGAAAGGGAGAGAAGGAGAAUUGAUCUAUAUAAAGCAUGCAAGCCAUGCAUUAUCGCCAGACACUCCGAGACGCAAGUAACUUGAGAGGAGGGAAAAGAAACAUAAAGAAAGAUGGCAGAUAUCGCAAAGAAUUGGAAAGUUCUUAGCGGGGAGAACAAUUGGAAAGGUCUCUUAGACCCUAUCGAUGAUAAUCUCCGCCGCUAUCUUAUCAACUAUGGUGCAUUUACAAGAGCUCCUGCUGAUUCUUUCAAUGAUGUGAAGGUAUCUGAUGGAUUUGCGUUAUGCCGAUAUCCACCUGAGGUUCUAUUCACUCGGGUUGGCCUACAAAGUGGCAACCCGUUCAAAUACCUAGUAACUGACUAUUUUUAUGCAAGAUCAGAAGCUGAUGCUUUCAGGGAAUACCUUCCUGCAACAUCUACUUUUGUUGGUUUUGUUGCCGUCAGUACUGAUGAAGGGAAGCUUGUUCUAGGGAGAAGAGAUAUCAUAGUUUGCUGGAGAGGAACAACCUUACCCAUUGAAUGGUUUCAAGAUAUUCUUUGUGAUCAAGUCCCAGCUACUGACAUAUUUCCAGAUUCGGAAGCUUUGGUGCAUAAUGGUUUCUAUAAUAUGUACACUGCUAAGGAUUCAACCUCAACGUACAAUAAGAUGAGCGUUAGAGAGCAGGUUCUAGCUGCGGUUAGAAGACUUGUAGACAAACACUAUAAAGCUGAUCCAAAUGAGGUUGUGAGCAUAACUGUAAUUGGCCAUAGCUUGGGUGCAGCUCUUGCAACAUUGAACGCAGUGGACAUAGUAGCCAAUGAAUAUAACAGGCCCACUGGAUCAACCGUUGAACUUCCGGUUGCUUCCUUUGUUUUUGGCAGCCCUCGUGUUGGAGACAAAGGUUUUCUUGAUGUGUUCUCAGGAUUGAAGAAUCUUCAUCUCUUACGCAUACGAAAUGCUCAGGAUUUUAUUCCUGAGCUUCCUCCAAAGAAGAUAUUAGGCUAUUCUUAUGCAGAUGUCGGUGCGGAGCUUGACAUCGAUACCAGCCUUUCACCAUACAUAAAGAAGGCGACUUUCAUGGAACCCCAUGAUUUGAAUCUUUACUGUCAUGGGAUUUCAGGUUAUCAAGGGAAGGACAGAAAAUUUAAAUUGGCUGUCGAUUUUGAUCUUGCACUUGUGAAUAAAUAUAAUGAUCUGCUAUUGGAAGAUUACAAGGUUCCUCCUAAAUGGUGGAGUAAUGUGAUGAAUAAAGGUAUGGCUCAAAUGGAUGAUGGAUCUUGGAAGCUGCAUGACUAUGUGCCUGAUCCUCCAAGCGAUGAUAUUUCUGAGAAUGGCAUUAAGUAAUAUGGUCGUGUCCCUAUUAUAUUUGGGUGGUAUGGCAACCUUGGCAAUGAACAAAUUAAUGAGUGUGGUAUAACUAAUAAGUCCUGAUUGCAGUGAGCGGCUUGGCUAGGACUUGGGCUUGUGUCUGCUUUUUGUUGUUCCUACUCCCUAUUUGGCUAAAUUAUUGAUUAACUGAUAAAUGUUUUUUAGUAGCUAAUAAUUUAUAAUUGAUAGUUAAUUUAGUUAAGUAUAUGGUAGAUUUAUUAUUAGCCAUUACUCUUCAUAUGUCAAUGACAAAUACAGAG